GUUAGCGUCAGUAAACGGGGUGGGUGCUUAGAGUCACUUCCUCUUUUUGUUCGAUCGGAGCUAUGCAACUUGAUAAUUUUAUUUGAUUAUGGAGUCUCAAAGGACUUCAGAGACAGAACCUCAACUUAUUAAAGCGUUACAAAUCAUUAAACUACGCCUUUCAAAGGCAAUAACGACAAAUGAUUGGGAGACAUGUUUACGUAUUGUAGGUCAAUUAGAUUCUUUUUCCUUGGGCAUCUCUGAGUUAGAGAUUUCUGGGAUAGGAAAAACAGUUAGAACGCUUACAAAAACCGUUAACCAGACGCUGGCACAUAGAGCGGAGUUGUUGUUACUCCGUUGGUCGAAGUGCGUCAAAAGGGCACUCGAUAGUAAAAAGACCAUGAAGAAGUUGCAAGCCAUAGAACCUCACGACAGUAUGAAUAAGGAGUUAACAAAUUUUAAAGAAGAAAGUGGUGAUGAUUUUUUAAAUUGCAAGAAAAAAUGUAGUACGUUAGCGAAGCUUUGCGUAAAUGUGGUUUUAAAAAAUCGAAAAUCAAUCGGCAAGUUGUCACGCGUUCCUCUUAAAGAGUUAAAACCACUAUUUAAUUCCUGUACAAGAGAAAAUCUGGCUCAUCUGGAAAAACUUAAUCCCGAGAUUAUUUGGUUUACAGAUUCUUAUUGGAAAAAAUUCUGUAGGCCGCCGUAUCCAAAGGAAAAGCCGAAAAUAGGAUGGCGGGAAUUUUGCCUUAGACAAGAAAAAGAAUUUUCUCAAAAACUUGAAGUUUGCGAAUUUCGGCUUAAGGAGCGUUACCAAAAAAUUGAAUCGGAAAAAAGGAAAAGAAGAAUUAUCUAUAUGGAUAAGCCUGCUCCUGAAAAAAGGAAAAAAGUAAUCAUGAACCUUCGUCGUAAAUAUAAAAGAAACCGGAAGUGAUAUACUCUUGGGUAGUAAAGUAGGUUUACUUAGAUAUUAUGCUUUGGCUAGUUUACUUUUCAAUAUCCACUGUAUAAUCAA